AUGGCAGCAUAUACAUAUAUACUUGUCUCAUUUGUGCUUCUCUUUACAUACUCUCAUUCACCCUUGUUAGCAUUUGGGGCUUCACAAUACAAUGUGGUCACGUAUGGAGCCAGACCAGAUGGCAAGACUGACUCCACACCGGCCUUUGUUGCUUCAUGGGUCAAGGCCUGUGGCUCCAAAGGUCCAGCCAACAUUUAUGUCCCUAAAGGAAGGUUCUUUGUUCGCAAUGUGGUGUUCAAUGGUCCUUGCAAGAAUUCUGCCAUUGUUGUCCAAAUUGAUGGUACAUUGGUGGCUCCUUCUGACUUGAAUGCGGCCAAUUGGGUCAUGUUUAGGGAUGUCAAUGGGGUUACUGUAUCCGGCGGCAUGAUGGACGGCCAAGGUGCUUCCUUGUGGGCUUGCAAGGCUUCCGGGAAGAAAAGUUGCCGCAGAGGCGCUACGUCAUUGGAGUUCGAAAAUUCAAACAACAUUGUGAUUGCUGGAUUAACAUCCUUAAAUAGCCAACUAUUCCACAUUGUCAUCAAUGACUGUCACAACGUGAAAGUGCAAGGAGUGAAGGUUUCUGCCGCCGGAAAUAGUCCCAACACUGAUGGCGUUCACGUUCAAGGAUCAACUGACGUUACAAUAUUGAAUUCCAAAAUUGCUACAGGCGACGAUUGUGUCUCGGUCGGUCCAGGCACCACCAACCUUUGGAUCGAGAACAUCGCUUGCGGUCCUGGCCAUGGCAUUAGCAUUGGAAGUUUGGGGAAAGACUUUCAAGAGGCAGGGGUUCAGAAUGUGACAGUCACAAGUGUUCAAUUUAUUGGUACAGAGAAUGGAGUGAGAAUCAAGUCAUGGGGAAGACCCAGCAAUGGUUUUGCAAGGAACAUAUUGUUCCAACAUUGCACCAUGACCAAUGUUGACAACCCGAUCGUUAUCGACCAGAAUUACUGCCCCGACGAAAAGAAUUGUCCCGGACAGGCUUCUGGGGUGAAAAUAAGCGAUGUGGCAUACCUAGACAUCCAUGGCUCAUCAGCGACGGAGGUUGCGGUUAAAUUGGAUUGUAGCAAGAAGUACGCAUGUAGUGGUAUUAAAAUGGAAGAUGUGAAGCUUACUUACAAGAACCAAGUAGCUCAUGCCUCUUGUGUUAAUGCUGAUGGAUCCUCUUCUGGUAUAGUUGAGCCCUCAAGCUGUUUGCUGUAG